UCAUUUUUAGUGCGAAUCGUUCUCUCGACGAAUCAUUCACUUAACAGAUUUGUUCAAAACCACUUUCACAAAGUAACUGAUCCAAAACAGCAUGAUCUGUGUCUGUGACUCAAUUUACAGACGUGUCGAGUCGGGGUCAGGAUGAGGCUCCGCCUGUUGGACUUCAGCUGACGCUUAAUGUAAGUUAGCCCUGUUAACGUCGAUGUAUUUUGUCGGCAGACUUGUUCAACUGACUCUGGUCAAGAAGAUAUAUGAAUGGUCAAAGUCAACGUCGGGUUUAAAGUUUAUGCCAAAGUUGAACUGGUUGGUUUUCGCAAUGGGUAAUUCAAGUUGCCACAAUACUAUGAGUAUACCGCCAGGAAAAGGACCCCACCAUGUGGGAUGCACAGACCUGAUGGUGGGCCACACAGUACAUGAUACGUUCUUGAGACUCUACUAUCCGUGCCAAGCAUCCGAGAAUCCUCAGCUGCCAGACUGGGUCCCGUGCAGAGAGUAUUUCAACGGCCUCGCAGACUUUAUGAAGAUGAACAGAACACUGAGUGAAAGAAUUUUCAACUACCUCUUUGGGUCUUGUAAAAUCCCAGCAGCCUGGAGUGCAUCAUUUAAACCGGAUGGGAAAUAUCCUGUCAUUAUCUUUUCUCAUGGACUGGGAGCUUUCAGGACUUUGUAUUCAGCCAUAUGUGUUGAACUGGCGUCGCAGGGCUUCAUUGUUGCAGCCGUGGAGCACAGGGAUGAAUCUGCCUCUGCAACAUUUUACUUCAGAGAACACACUGAGCCGGGAACAAAAAGGCAUCCGUCAUGUGACAUUGCCAAGCCUGUGUCUGAUAAUCUGGAGGAGGUUUGGAUGUACUACAGGCCGUUGAAACCAGGGGAGAAUGAGUUUCCUCUAAGAAACAAGCAAGUAAAGCAAAGAGCAGAUGAAUGCAUCAGAGCCUUGGAUAUUCUCUUUGACAUCAAUUCAGGAAAGUCUGUCGAGAACAUCUUACAGUCCAGCUUCGAUUUGUCAACAAUGGAGAAUUCCAUGGACUUGUGUAGAAUAGCGGUUAUGGGGCAUUCCUUCGGAGGCGCGACAGUGAUCGAAUGUUUGUGCAAGGAUGUCAAAUUCAAAUGUGGCGUGGCACUGGACUCCUGGAUGUUUCCCUUGGAUGAGGAGAUCUUCCCAGGAGUGAAGCAGCCAAUCUUUUUUAUCAACUCUGAAAAAUUCCAGUGGAUUGGGAAUAUCAUUCGUAUGAAGAAGCUGGACUCUGCCAUGAUUCCCAGAAAAAUGAUAACCAUCAAGGGGACAGUUCAUCAGAGCUUCCCAGAUUUCACAUUUCUUACUGGGAACUGGAUUGGAAGGCUCCUGAAGCUGAAAGGAGAGAUUGAUCCAUAUAUAGCCAUGGAUCUUUCCAACAAAGCAACUUUGGCUUUUCUUCAACGCCACUUAACUCUGGACAGAGACUUCAAUAAGUGGGAUUCUUUAAUUGAUGGAAAAGAUGACAACUUGAUUCAAGGAACCAAUAUUGUUAUACCACAAUCAUCUAUGUAAUCGAGUAACAUGAAAUGUUUAUCAGUACAAUGAUUUUGUAAUGUGCAAUGCAAAUGUAAAUGCAAAUUCACAUGAAACAGAAUCAGGUUACAUGAGAAAGGGCCCAUCUAUUUUGGAAAUUACAUAAGAGACUUAAUAUUGAA